AUGGAAAAUUCUGCGCAUAAAUCACCUUUCUUACCAAGAAAUGGAAGAAUGAACCCGUUUGCUAAUAAAAGUUCGUUUAAAGGGGCAAAUAUUUCAGGGAAUAAAUUUGGCAUUUCACGUAUGAAUACUCUCUCUAAAAACGAUAAUAAGUCUCCCUUUCUUGGUCAUAAGAUGAGAGGAGGAGUGCCAAAGUUCACCAACGUAACACCAAUGAAAAUCUCAGAAAAUUUGGCAAACAUAGACUGAAUUAUGGAAGAUGAUGAGCCUGGUCUCUCACAAGAGAAAAGUUCUGAACAAAAACAAGAAGAAAUCGCCAGUGAAGAUCAGAUCUUUGAUGGAGAAGACCUCCCACAGAUAAAUGAUUAUGACCCAAAAGAUAUGAUUCCUAAUGAUUUCAGUGACGGAAUUGAGCCUAGAUUUGCUGAAGAGAAAUAUCGUGAGUCUUCAGAUUUUACUCCAUAUCUCCCUGUUGAUGAGCUUGACUAUAUUGUCCCCAAAGGAAUGAUUGAUGACUUCAAAGCGAACUUGAAAGCCUACUGAGAACAAGAUGAGCAUCCUCAUGAAAUCAUCGAGCAUGAGGAAGUCUUCCUCUAA